GGGAGCAGCUGCGGCCGGCGCGGCCCGCCGGGACCCGCCCCGCCUCCUCGCCGGGCACCUGCUCGGGGCGGAGCGGCGGCGGUGGUGACCGGAGGAGCUGCGGGAGGCGGCGGUGGCUCCGGAAGCAGCCCCGCUGGCGCUUCAAGAAACUCAUAUAAACGUAUGAGAGAAGAUGACAAGAUCUAGAUCAAGAUCACCACGUUGGAAACCAAGGUCCUUGUCUCCAGCGUUUAGGAGUCCAGAGCACCAUAGGCAAAGGCAUGCUCAUAUUACUUAUGACUGUGAAUAUAAAAGCUUUCGUAAUGACCCAAAGAAGCCCAUGCCUUGGAGAACAGAAGAUGAAAAAUAUGGACAAAGUAAUUCCAGGUGUGCACCGCAUGGAAAUAACCAUCAGAGAAUAUAUGAGCGUAGAUCACCUUCACCAAACUUGAAAAGAAUUCCCAUGGAAGAUACUUACAGUCAUAAGCCCUACCGAACACACUCAUCUGAAAGAACUGAAAGCAAUAGGAGAUGCCAGUUACCACCAAAAUACUCAGAGAUACCGUAUAAAGAGCAUGAUCGUCCCUUUUACCAACACAAAAUGGAAGACAGAUACACGUUUGAGCACUACAAAGUCACUGGAAAUGAAAAAGGAGCGAAACCUUUUCAUAGACCGUUAGGGGCUUCUUGUAAACUUGACAGAAAAUGGCACGAAGAUGACUUGAGGCACCAGAGGUUACACGAAGAGAAGUAUGGUCAGUCACCCAGAAGAAUUUCUGAUGAAUUUACAGCAAGGAGCUCUUUACAGAAGAGGUAUCCUGAAGAUCACGAUUACAGAGAGUAUGGGCACACGUCUAAAAGGGCUAAAGAAAUGGAGAGGUAUGACGGUGGAGAAGUAGCAAGAAAUUCCAAGUGGAAGCAAGAGCGUUCUUUUCCACCCUACCAGGAAAAGGAAGAGCAAAGAAAUCUGGGUGCCCAGUCCCAUCGGUCGGCCGAGAGGGAGUACUCGGAGGGUUCUGUCACAAAGAUAGCCUAUGAGUACAGUCACAAACGGCGCAGGCAUCUGGAUGUGGAGAAGCCUUUUUCAGAUGACCGAGCUCAGAAGUAUGUGAAGCAGCAGGAAGACCAGAAAUAUGGUUCUUCUAAGGGUGCAUGGGAUGGCAAAGAGCUGGAUUACUUUAGUGGUGGAAGAGCAAGACGGGCUGAAGAAGGGCAUGUCGAAGUACCUGUUAAAUAUAGUUCAAAGAAGGGCUGUGCUGCUUGUGUUAACUCUUCCAAAAUGGGUGUUGAUCUGAGAUCUUUUAAAAACAAACCGAAGGAAAGAGUAAGGAAAGAAGGGGAAUUCAGGAAAAAAGUAGAUUCCUCCGAUAGCCAGCAUGAUUCAAGUCACGCUGUUUCAGAUGUCAACUGUAGGAGGGAACAUCUCACAAUCAAAGUGGAUAUGAAGAAAAUGAUAACCAAGUACAGGACUGCCUCUAGUCAUACUACAGAGAGACAGAUGUCACAUGAUCUGGUUGCUGUUGGCAGGAAAAAUGAAAAUUUUCAUCCGGUGUUUGAGCACAUGGAAUCUGUAACACAAAAUGUUGAAAACGACCCAUCAAGAGAAUUUACUCAGGAAAUAAUCACAAUUAUCCAUCAAGUUAAAGCAAAUUAUUUUACAUCAUCUGACAUAACUCUUCAUGAACGGUUCUCAAAAAUUCAGGAUAAACCAGUCGCAAAUAUGAAUGAAGUUAAAAUACGUUCGGAUCCAGAAAUUCACAGGAGGAUUGACAUGUCCCUAGCAGAACUUCAAAACAAACGAACUGUGCCAUCUGAGUCUCCCCAGAGCAUUAUGAGAGUGUUAGAAGAUCCAAAUGAUCUACGACACGAUAUAGAAAGGAGAAGAAAAGAGAGAUUGAAGAAUGAAGAUGAGAGAGCGUUUCAUGUAGAUGGUGUAAGUCGAAGGAAUCAGCAAAGCUGCAGUCUUUCAAAAUUACAAACCUCUCCACUUGAUGGCUUCCAAAAGCCUAUGAGGUUCAUUAAGCCACCUUUCAGGAAAUUUAUUGGGAGACCUCACCUGAAUUCUUAUUAUUCUUCAAAACCGAGUGAUACUUACCCUCCCAGACGCUUUAGAGGACACCUUGAAAAUGCAGGACCCAUCAGAAGACACUUUAAGAGCAACUUUACAGAUGGCCGUUUGCAAUCCCAUUAUAAAUCAGGCUUAGUACAGAAGGGUUUAUAUAUUCAGGCUAAGUACCAGCGGUUACGUUCUGUUGGUGCAAGGGGAUUUACCACUAAUAAAUUCAGAGAUGGAUUUGUGAGGAAAGAAAAGGGAAAUUUAAAUAUUGCAACAGAAACCUGAGCUGAGUUCUGAUCCUGAAGCUGAAAGAGAUAACACAACAAAGGGAGCAUCUGUUCGUUUUUGACAACUUUGUCAAGACUUAAAAUAGGAUAAAGGAACUAACCCCGUAACUUUCUUGAUUAAAAAUAACUUUAUUUUUCA